AUGCUCCUCCUCUCGCUGUUCGCGACCUCCACCAGCAGCAGUUCCGUCGUCCGGCUGUCUCGGACCGUGGGCGAGCGGGGCAGCGGCCGCGGUCAGUUUGACGGCCCGCGGCACGUGGCCGCGCUGAAGACCGGCGGCGCUGUCAUCGUGGACGGCCUCAACGAGCGCAUUCAGGUCUUCGACCGGCACGGCGACUGCGUGCGCAUCGUCGAGGGCGUCACCACGCCCACCGGCGUCGCGAUCGGCGGCCCCGAGGGAGACACGCUCUACUGGGCCGAGUCGACGCGGGCGCAUCGUGUCAACCGGCUGCAGCUGUCGGCAAAGUCUGCCCGGACGGCGGCGGAUCCCGGCGUGGGCCGCCCGGCCGUGAGCGUGCGGAGGCC